AUGAAGCAUAAAGAUGGAAAACCAGGACCCCAAGGUACCAGGGUUUUCCCCAUGGCAAUCUUGUUUGUUGUGCUAUGCGGGUUUUCAUUCUAUCUUGGUGGAAUCUUCUGUUCUGAGAAGAACAGAAUUGAGCCUUCUGAUGUCAAAGAUGUCAUAAAGGCAGUUCGAUCAUCCAAGGAGUCACUUGUGGCCCCUCUCCAAAUAAAAACUGUUUCCUUUGCUGAAUGCAGCAGUGACUAUCAAGACUACACCCCAUGCACAGAUCCAAGGAGGUGGAGAAAAUAUGGUGUUCAUCGGCUUACUUUCAUGGAACGCCACUGCCCUCCAGUAUUUGAAAGGAAAGAGUGCUUAGUUCCACCUCCAGAUGGGUAUAAGCUACCAAUCAGAUGGCCAAAUAGCAGGGAUGAAUGUUGGUACAGGAAUGUGCCAUAUGAUUGGAUUAACAAGCAGAAAUCUAAUCAGAAUUGGCUAAGAAAAGAAGGGGAGAAGUUUCUCUUUCCUGGUGGAGGAACUAUGUUUCCUAGAGGUGUAUCUGCAUAUGUCGAUUUGAUGCAAGAUCUUAUUCCAGAAAUGAAAGAUGGGACUGUUCGAACUGCCAUUGACACUGGGUGUGGGGUUGCAAGUUGGGGAGGUGAUUUGCUAGAUCGGGGGAUUUUAACAGUUUCUCUCGCCCCAAGAGAUAAUCAUGAAGCUCAAGUUCAGUUUGCCUUGGAACGUGGGAUUCCGGCAAUCCUUGGCAUCAUUUCUACACAGAGGCUUCCUUUCCCCUCAAACUCGUUUGAUAUGGCUCACUGCUCAAGGUGCCUCAUCCCAUGGACGGAAUUUGGUGGAAUUUACCUCCUUGAAAUUCAUCGUAUACUCCGCCCUGGAGGUUUCUGGGUCCUAUCUGGUCCACCUGUCAACUACGAAAACCGCUGGCGUGGAUGGAACACAACCAUAGAAGAGCAGAAAUCAGAUUAUGACAAGUUGCAAGAACUGCUAACUUCAUUGUGCUUCAAAUUGUAUAACAAAAAGGAUGAUAUUGCUGUUUGGAAGAAAUUGUCAGAUGAUAGUUGCUACAAUAAACUUAAUGAGCCGGAUGUCUAUCCUCCGAAGUGUGAUGAUAGCCUUGAACCAGACUCAGGAUGGUACACGCCAUUGCGCUCUUGUGUUGUCGUUCCUGACCCAAAGCUAAAAAAGUCAGCUUUGAAAUCCAUCCCUAGAUGGCCAGAGCGGUUGCAUGUUGCACCAGAUCGUAUUUCCGAUGUGCAUGGUGGGAGUGCUAGUGCUUUUAAGCAUGAUGACAGCAAGUGGAGGGUACGAUUGAAGCACUACAAGAAGUUGCUCCCAGCAAUUGGGACAGAUAAGAUCAGAAAUGUUAUGGACAUGAACACGAUAUAUGGAGGUUUUGCUGCAGGAACGAUUGAUUAUCCUUUGUGGGUCAUGAAUGUGGUCUCUUCUUAUGCUGCAAAUACACUGCCAGUGGUCUAUGAUCGGGGCCUUAUUGGAACUUACCAUGAUUGGUGUGAAGCUUUUUCUACAUAUCCCCGAACUUAUGAUCUUCUACAUCUUGAUGGCCUCUUUACUGCAGAAAGCCACAGAUGCGAAAUGAAAUAUGUACUCUUAGAGAUGGACCGAAUCCUGCGCCCCAACGGGUAUGCAAUAGUUCGAGAAUCCAGCUACUUUGUGGACGCUGUUGCAACUAUUGCCAAAGGCAUGAGAUGGGGUUGUCGCAAAGAAGAUACUGAGUAUGGCGUAGGGAAGGAGAAAGUAUUGAUAUGCCAGAAAAAACUCUGGUAUUCAUCGAAUCGGACUUCUAGAUGA